AUGAUUGGUGCUUGGAAUAUUAGGGGUCUAAAUGAUCCCAUAACGCAAUUAGAGGUGAAGAAGCUCAUAUGUACUCAUCAGCUCUCUCUAAUUGCGAUUGUGGAAACAAGUGUGCGAGAGGUUAACAUCAAGAAAGUUUAUGACAUUAUGAAUCUGAAUGGAUGGAGGUUAGUCAACAACAAUGAUUGUUGUUCCUUGGGUAGAUUAUGGAUCCUGAUAAAAAUGGAUAUUUGGUCAGUAAUAGGUGUUAGUAAAACUGAUCAAAUGAUUCACUGUGAGGUGGAGAAUAAUUGCACGAAGUUCAAUUGCACAUUCAUUUAUAGUGCCAAUGACCACCUGAAAAGGAAAGAGUUAUGGAAGGACCUAUGUAAUAUAACACUGAAUCAGGAGAUGGCAUGGGUAAUUCUUGGAGACUUAAAUGCUAUUCUUAGAGAUAGUGAGAGAAUUGGUGGCAACAGUGUUAACCAGGGUGACUCUGAGGAAUUUCAGGCUUGUAUAGAUGAAUUUAACUUGCUGGAAUUGAAGUGGUCAGGUAACUUGUUUACAUGGACCAACAAUCAGGAUGCUGUUAGCAAAAUAUGGAGGAGAUUGGAUAGAGCAUUAGUGAAUGAGGAGUGGAUGAACAAAUUCAAUAAUGUAGAGGCCAGAAUACUCAACCAAUGUAUUUCUGACCAUGCUCCUAUUAUUAUUGGAUUUAAUGAGUUUGUUGUCAAUCAACCUAAGCCUUUUAGAUUCUGUAAUAUGUGGACAGAAUGUAAGGAGUUUUUAAAUAUUUUAAGGAAUGUUUGGAGUAAACCUAUAGGAAGCCACCCUAUGUUUAGAAUUGUGCAAAAGCUUAAAAUGUUGAAGCAUGAUUUAAAAGAUCUUAAUAGGUCCAAUUUUUGUGAUAUUUCAUUACAAGUUGAGAGGGUGAGGAAGUUGCUGGAGGAGAUUCAAUGUCAAAUUCAUAAGAAUCCUUUGGAUCCCGAGCUUUUAGAUGAGGAGUUAGCAGUUGGUAGUCUUGUUAAGAAACUACUCAAGUGGGAAGAGAAGAAUGCAAGUAACAAGAUUAGCCAUCUUAAGGUUAAUGGAGUGAUUAUUUCUGAUCAAGAUGAGAUUGUUAGAAGCAUAGUGGGGUAUUAUAAAAGUCUGUUUGGCACUAAUAAUGCUUGGAAUGCUAGUAUAGAAAACAGGAUCUUAUCUAAUGGGAAUCUGGUGUCUGUUGAAGAUAGCAUUAAUAUGUGCAAACCUGUAUUAAACUCUGAGAUCAUAGGGGCAAUUUUUGAGAUUGGGAGUGAUAAAGCUCCUGGAGCUGAUGGAUAUAACAGUGUAUUUUUCAAGAAAAGUUGGGAUAUAAUAGGAAGUGAGGUCUGUGCUGCACUUAGGGAGUUCUUUGAUUCUGGCUGUUUGUUGAAGCAGAUCAACACUACUAUUAUAACAAUCAUACCUGAGGUGGAGAAUGCUAAGAAUAUGAGUGAUUUCAGGCCAAUAUUAUGA